AUGCGGGCACCCCGAAGCAGGCUCCGCCUCGAGAAAAGCGGCCUCGAAGCGGAGGCCCCAAGGCAGGCAGCCUCGGGGCGGAGCGCGGGUACCCUGAGGCUGCCUCGGGCUGAGGAGGGGGUACGCCUCGGGGCAGGCAAGCGGCCUCUGGGCGGAGGGAGGCCCACCCCGAGGCUGGUGAAAGAGGCGGAGGGCUCACCCCGAAGCAGUUGUCCCCGGGGCAGCGGCGAAGGCGAAGGCUUGGGCCUCCGCUUCGUGGCGGAGAGGGGCGGCUACCUCGAGGAGGUUGGGGGUCUGCCUCUAGGCGGAGGGGGCGGGGGUUCUUCUCGGGGCGGGCUGGCGCCCUCCUCGGGGAAGGCUGGCUACCUCGACCAAGCGGUCUGCCGGCUCGAGGAUGCCUCGAGGCAAGCGGGCUUGCAGGGGCCUCGGGGAGGGCGGGCUAGGGUCUCGGGGUUCAAAAACAUGAUUGAGACAUGA